AUGAUGAUGAUGAUGAUGAUGAUGAUGAUGAUGAUGAUGAUGAUGAUGAUGAUGAUGAUGAUGAUGAUGAUGAUGAUGAUGAUGAUGAUGAUGAUGAUGAUGAUGAUGAUGAUGAUGAUGAUGAUGAUGAUGAUGAUGAUGAUGAUGAUGAUGAUGAUGAUGAUGAUGAUGAUGAUGAUGAUGAUGAUGAUGAUGAUGAUGAUGAUGAUGAUGAUGAUGAUGAUGAUGAUGAUGAUGAUGAUGAUGAUGAUGAUGAUGAUGAUGAUGAUGAUGAUGAUGAUGAUGAUGAUGAUGAUGAUGAUGAUGAUGAUGAUGAUGAUGAUGAUGAUGAUGAUGAUGAUGAUGAUGAUGAUGAUGAUGAUGAUGAUGAUGAUGAUGAUGAUGAUGAUGAUGAUGAUGAUGAUGAUGAUGAUGAUGAUGAUGAUGAUGAUGAUGAUGAUGAUGAUGAUGAUGAUGAUGAUGAUGAUGAUGAUGAUGAUGAUGAUGAUGAUGAUGAUGAUGAUGAUGAUGAUGAUGAUGAUGAUGAUGAUGAUGAUGAUGAUGAUGAUGAUGAUGAUGAUGAUGAUGAUGAUGAUGAUGAUGAUGAUGAUGAUGAUGAUGAUGAUGAUGAUGAUGAUGAUGAUGAUGAUGAUGAUGAUGAUGAUGAUGAUGAUGAUGAUGAUGAUGAUGAUGAUGAUGAUGAUGAUGAUGAUGAUGAUGAUGAUGAUGAUGAUGAUGAUGAUGAUGAUGAUGAUGAUGAUGAUGAUGAUGAUGAUGAUGAUGAUGAUGAUGAUGAUGAUGAUGAUGAUGAUGAUGAUGAUGAUGAUGAUGAUGAUGAUGAUGAUGAUGAUGAUGAUGAUGAUGAUGAUGAUGAUGAUGAUGAUGAUGAUGAUGAUGAUGAUGAUGAUGAUGAUGAUGAUGAUGAUGAUGAUGAUGAUGAUGAUGAUGAUGAUGAUGAUGAUGAUGAUGAUGAUGAUGAUGAUGAUGAUGAUGAUGAUGAUGAUGAUGAUGAUGAUGAUGAUGAUGAUGAUGAUGAUGAUGAUGAUGAUGAUGAUGAUGAUGAUGAUGAUGAUGAUGAUGAUGAUGAUGAUGAUGAUGAUGAUGAUGAUGAUGAUGAUGAUGAUGAUGAUGAUGAAGUAA